UCUGAGCGAAGAGCAAGAGAGGCAGGGUAAGGGAGGGGGAGGCAGGGGGUGGGGAGCGCUCACUGCCCUCCUAUAAGCAUUAUUUUCCUGCAGCUCCCUGUAGACAUCUAGAGAGAACAUUGUUGGGCUCCUUACACUGUGCUGGACCACACAAGAUUCCAAGAAAAGAUAAGAAAGUCAACUGAAGAUGUACUCAUCCCAGGGCAGGAGAACUAUCUGCCUGUAAGGCAACAUACUCCACCUGCUAAAACCAGAGAGUAUUAUUAAGACAUGGAUAAGUCACCAUCAAAACCUUACUCAACCAAGAAGAGAGUAAAAAUACAUCCCAACACUGUGACAGUGAAAUACACAUCCCAUUAUCCACAACCUGGAGAUGAAGGCUAUGAGGACACCAGUGAGGACAAUGGAGGCUUUGUAGAGGAGAAUCCGAAGAAAAGAUUGCUAGGGGAUGCCAAAAAGAAGGGAAAAACCUUUUUUGGGACUAUGGACGCCCGACCAAAGCAGACGGAAGAUCCUGAUAAUGAUCUUGCUCAGCAGUUACAAAGUUUUGCAGACAGUUCUAUCUUUCAGUCCAGGAAAAUGUGGGCUGUUCUAUUUGGGUCAGCGUUGGCCCAUGGCUGUGUAGCACUCAUCACAAGAUUGGUUUCUGAUCGCUCCAAAGUGCCCUCACUGGAGUUAAUAUUCGUCCGUUCUGUUAUGCAAGUAUUAUCUGUGAUCAUGGUUUGUUAUUAUAAGGAGGCUCCAUUUGGGCCUCCAGGUUAUAGACUACGAUUAUUCUUCUAUGGAGUUUGCAAUGUUAUUUCCAUUACCUGUGCCUACACAUCCUUCUCUAUUGUUCCACCAAGCAAUGGAACCAUCAUGUGGAGGGCAACCACGACAGUCUUCAGUGCUAUACUGGCCUUCCUCUUACUAGACGAACAUAUGGCAAAUGUUGACUUGAUCACUGUUGUUAGCAGUGUGUUUGGUGCGUGUUUGGUUAUGAUUCCAAAUAUAGUUAAUGAAGAAAACUCCUUUCUUGGUGUCUGGAAGGAAGCCUUUGGAUACACCAUGACAGUCAUGGCUGGCCUUACCACGGCACUCUCAAUGAUAGUCUAUAGGUCUAUCAAAGAGAAGGUCAGCAUGUGGACUGCUCUUUUUACCUUUGGAUGGACUGGAAGUGUUUGGGGAGCCUGCACUAUGUUUAUUCUUCAAGAACCCAUAAUACCCCUGGAUGGAGAGACAUGGGGCUACCUCCUUGCAAUUUGCUUGUGUUCUACUGUAGCAUUCCUUGGUGUCUAUUAUGCAUUGUAUAAAUUCCACCCAGCUCUGGUCAGCACGGUGCAGCACUUGGAGAUUGUAGUGGCCAUGAUCCUGCAACUUCUUGUGCUGCAUAUGUUCCCCAGUGUCUAUGAUCUAGUAGGUGCAGCAGUCAUCAUGGUCAGUGUCUUUGCUUUAGCUGGCUACAAACUCUAUCUAGGAAGAUUGGGGAGACAAGACUACCAAGAAAUUCUGGACUCCCCUAUCAAAUGAGGCCUGUUGUUUUAUUCUACUUGACUGAAAAUUGUCUGUACAGUGUUCAUAUUACACAUUCCACUGUUGAGGUGACCAAACCUGAGAUUUACUCCAAAGCCCGGAGACAAACCAUGGAUAUAUAUAUAGAUUAAGAACAUAUUUUAAUAUAUUGUAUUAUUUUAUUUUUACUUGCCGUGUAAUAGUAUCAUGACUCUCAUUAUGACUACUUCUUGUGGGUGGCUACAUUAAGGCAUAUGUGGCUACAGUAAUGGGCAGACCUGGUUACUUGAAUUAUGAUAACAUGUAGGUCUAUAUCCUGUGUCGGCUAAAGGGUCAGGGUUAUUGUAAGAUCGCUCCUUUAUUUAAACAAACCAAUUCUUCUGAUAUUAUGAGAUAGAAUUAUCCUUUAAGUGACUUAAGUGAGUAAAGUGAGAAAACUGCCCAUGAGGAACCCCCAGUCCAUAUCCCCUAUUAGGAUAGAUGGACAUUAUAAUCUUUCUCUAGUGGACUACUGGUGUCCAUGUAUUAUACACCUAAAGGUUCUUCAUGUAAUACUAACUUUCUCCUGCAGAGGCCUCGGCAGGGAAAACAUUGGCUGGCUAUGGCUAUGUUCACAUGGCAGAAUACCCACAAUUACCCACAAAUUCUGUUUAGCAAAGCAUGGAAAGACAAGUCUUCAAAUUUUGUGUAAUGCGGGAUUGCCACCUGGGAAUUUCUGCUGUGUGAAUGAGAGCAAAAUCCCAAGAAUCCCAAGUCUAUGGGCAGUAAAUUUCAGCAGAAUUUCCAGGAGAAGUCUCCAGCAUGAAAAUUCCACCGUGUGAACAUAGCCUAUGGCUUCCUGCCAGAAAACCAGCUGAUUGCUGGGGAACACCCAUCCAAUAAAGGUACUGGGAGCUGAGCUGCAGUAACCCAUCAUAUACAGCUGAUUGGCGAGUGUGCCAGGUGUCGAACCAUUUAUAUUUUGAUGGCUUUUCCUGAAGAUAAGUCAGAAAUGAAAAUUUUCUUUAAAACCUCCUUAAAACAUUUCAAAGGCCCUUAUGCAUAUAUGGAGGUAGAAAGCUUUCAGUCCUCUAAACAAAAUCUGUACCAAGUUCCUGACCUCUACAUGCCAGAGGUAGUAAUGUUGCCUUCUUACAUGGCAUAGAGGUGUUUGGUCCCCCUCAGGCAACCUCAUCCCGCCCUAUGACUUGACUACACAUUCAUACAACACCAGUGUCAGGACAACUUGUUUUGAUGCAUAUACGGCAAGGAUUUGUGGCAUUUUAAAAAACAAGAAAUUUAUUUUACAUAACUGAUACUUUUUAUUAUUGAGCCCCCAAUGACUUUUCUAUGAAUUCUUGCUAGAAAGGCUGUGUAUAGUCCGACAUAGACUGGAACAUUGGCAGAGUGCAUUCACCCUGGGGCCAUAGUCCAUAGCAGCAGUAGAAUGAGCUUAUUUGUGCCAAACUACAUUGCUCCUGAAAGAGUUUUUAAAGUCCCUCAGUUUUGGGGACAUACUGCAUAGACAGCAUGCCUUGUCACUUGCAACCAGUGUAGAAUACAUGAUGCGGCAUCCAAAGGAACAUGGUACUAUAAUAAGAAUGGUAUUAUAAUAAGAACCGCUCUGAACUGGUACAGAGACCCAUGACACGCCAUGUAUGACCUACCUGCACAUUAUACCCCUUACCAGGAAAAGUCACAUUAAAUCAAUACACUUCCUUGUAUCUGUGAGCAGAUUUUACUGUUGUUUUUUCCUGUUAUGCUUCCUGCUUGUUCAUCCUCAGUUUUUCAGUUCGGUCCUAGCCCAUGCGGAAAUUACCUUUGUGAUACUAUUUGCAAAAAUAUGAUAUUUUUCGGUUAACGUUUUGGUUUAGAUUUUUCUAAGAUUGGUUUAAAGUAUAGCGCAUUUUACGUUUUAAAUUGCUGAAAUUAUUAGAUAGCUGAUAGGUCAAGGAGACACUUUUAUAUAUCUGUCUGUGCUUCUAUAACAUAAAGAAUGCUUUAUUCUCUGGUGCCAAGAGUCAAAGAGUCAUCCUCAAGUCCAUGAAGUGCUGAGGGCAGAAAUGCCUCAUCGCUCCCCCUUCUAUCUCUGUUUCGGUUUGAUUGACAAUCAGGUGGAAGCUGAGCCUUGUUUCUAGCUUUUGUACUCACGUACAAUUUGUAUACACAGAGAAAAAUUUGAUUUGGAAACAGGGCUUGGCUUUCAGCUGAUUGUCAAUCAAGCAGGGACAGGGAUGGGGGGGGGGGCAUGGAGGUGCCUCAGCCCUCAUGACAUCAGGGGCUUUGGGACACUUCUUUGACACUAUACACAAAAGAAUAAAAGCCUUUUUCUAACUUAUGGAAGAACAGACAGAUAUAUGAAAGCCACCAUGUGACUCCAUAUCCUAAUAGCUAUUUGGCAGUGUCAGCAGUCUGGAACGUGAAUUGCAGAACUAGUGACCACAAGCUGCAUAUUUUGUGUUCCUGAAUCUUUCUGAAACAGAAAGAAUAAGGAAAGUGGGGAGGUCAGGCUGAGGGUCUGCCGGAUGUGAACCACAAAUGUUUAUUGUUAGUCGAUUGUUAGAAGUUUAUUGGGAACAGUUGGCAGUAUUUCUACACUUAGGGUCUAUUCACACGUACAGUAUUCUACGCAGAUUUGAUGCGCAGGAUUUUAAGCUGUGUUCAGUCAUUCUGUUUACAUUGAAAUCUGCAGCAGAAAAUCCUGCGCAUCAAAUCUGCGAAAAAUACUGUACAUGUGAAUAGACCAUUAUAAAAUAAUUACCGCUAGGUUAUAAGCACAUGUCCUACUGUCAGGUUCUCUACAAGGAGAACAGAGAAUAUAAAUUCAGAUCAUAGCUAAGUUUGUGAAUUAAUAUUUUAUUCAUAUUAAGCCAUUGACUAUUUCUUUCAAAUCGAUUGGUAAUGUAAAUGAUUCAGGUUGUGUGUGGUAUUGCAGUGUUGUUCAAUUGAAUUGAAUGGAGCUAAGUUGUAAUAUGACACAAAACCUGAGGAAAGGUGUGGUGCUGUUUUUUUAAAAAAGCAGCUAUGUUUUUCUAAUUCUGGAUAACGUGUAGAGGUAGAAUAAAGAAGGCCGGAGGACGACGCCUCGUGCGGUACCCCAGACAAAUCCUAGAUAACUAGAUAUUUUUCCUUUAUUUCUACUCAGCUCUAAUCCUGGAUAAGCCCUUUACCAGAAGGGAGAGGUCUCUUUUGCCUGGUGAGGUGGCUGCUGGUUUUGGUGCCUCGUUUGUUUCCCCUAUAUAGAGGGCACCCACUCAGGGGUUGUAUACAUGCAGGCUCUAUAAAUUAGUCACUCAACUUAAAGGGGUACUCCACUUUGGAACAGUUUGUUCCAAACGCUGAGCAGCGGAGUACCUCUUUAAGAUAGUAUUUUUGAAAGCCGAGGUACGUGCUCUCAAAUCACCCGAGUGCAAGUAAAAAGUGCAAGUGUUCACAUAAAAAAACGUGUACGAGGAUGCGGUCUAUUGCAAGCACUUCUCCGAAAGGAGAGAGGCCCCCCAACAAACCAAACCCUUCACCUCCGGGCCAAAAAGGCACCUGCAGGGUUCCAGGUACAAUGUCCCCUUUCGCUGAAGCUACUCAGGGACCGAAAGUGUUCCUGGCGGACAACUAGGUGUUAACCAGGUUGUCACCAAGGAACCAGUAAAACCGGUUUGGCAUCCUGCCGAAACAGGGUUGCCAUGGGGUAGGGAGGUGAGGAACCUCAUGGCCACACACACCUCCCCUAGACCGGCAGGAGGGACACACCCAGAAGGACUACCGCACCCUACCAAAUCCUUGUGGACAAACAGAACACAAAAAGUGGACACAGUGACAAAAAGAAUAAAUAAAUAAAUUAGUGGAUGUGCGCAGUGUGUAAUACUGGCCAGACAUCCGACCGGAUCUAUAAAAAAUUCCCCGAUCCUAGCCGUAAGGAUACUAAGGGUGAGUGCCCAGAAGAGUGAGAGAAAAAGUGCGUGCUACGUGCUUUCCUUCAAGUGGGGUUGCGAAUCCCAAGUGAAUUCUGGCACCCUGGGGUCACCACUCCCAGGGCACUUGUGCACCUCGGCCUUCACUCUACCCGGACAUUAAGGCCAGAUCCAGCAGGAACAGGUCUCAUCAGAGAUGACUGCUGUCCUCCACAGCCAUCCCUGGUACACCUGUCCUACUGUGUGGUUCCCCAUCCUGCCUUGGUGGUCUUCCACACCGCCAACUAACAGGAAAGGUAUUACACUUGAUCUUAGCCAAAAGGCCGAGAACCUCUUUAAGAUAGUAGGUAUAUCAAUCAUUCCUUAAGGGUAUAGCACUGGGGAGUAAUCUGCUCAAACCAGAAGGUCCCAGGAACAGCUGCUGGUUGUCUUGUAGUGAGGGUAGCUAAUGGUUGCUAAAAUGACCCUUAACAUAAGGCGCUUGGAAUCCCCAAAGGAAUUGGCAGGAAGCGUAGAGGUAUUGUAUAUGAACAAUAUGAUGCAUUUCGGGCUAUAACCCUUUCCUCAGAUUGGCUUUGAAACAUGUCAUUGGUCAUGUGAAAUAAAGCCUAUUCAUCUCCACCUAUACAUUUCCUGACAGUUUCAUUGGUGCUAAAUUGUAAUUGGUAGCAAUGAGGGAUUAAAACUGUUUUUGAUAAAUCUGGGCCAAUAUCCAGUUAACAAAAAUAGAUUUUAAAAACCUGUUUAAUAUUUAUCUAUGAAAAUAGGAAGCAAUUUCUAUGACUUUUCACCAGAGAAAACAAAGAUAAUGCAAUAAUGUAAAUCAUCAUGUUUGUUAGGAUUUGGUAAAUGAUCUCUUCAAUAUACCAGAGAUUUAUUGGAAAAAGUAGAUCACACUUGGCAGUGCACCUUAUAGUUUACCAGCAUGUUUAUUGUGGCACAGAACAUUCAGCUGUGAUCUUAUCAGGACAUUGUCUGCCCAUUACUGGACCCAUAUGGUUUGUAAGUGCAUCCAUGGUUUCCUUGCACUGAAGAUUUACACUAUUCUGUAUUUGUAAUGCUUAACACAAUAGUGCAAAUAACCUGUCGCUGGUCUUUAAUUUCCCAGCAGCAGUAUGGGGCAGAUACAUGGUAUGACAUCACAUGCCUCUGCCCACUUGUACCAUUUAAUAGACUCUGCACCAGCAGGGUCUGGGUGGUCUCUGUCAUUGGACAAUGCUUAAGGACUAGAUUGUGAAUAAGGGUCUAGUUAUUGUAGCACUAUGGCUUCCCACCAUAUCUUAGCCAUGACAACUUUGACAGGUCCAGUUUUAAAGAAUCCCAGUGGUCCCACUCAGGGCAAACAUCAGGGCUGUACUAGUAGUACUACUGUCAGGGCUUGAGGCCAAAUAAAACAUAAAAAGGGGCCACUUGCUGCUGGCCCUGGUCCCUCUAACAAUGGCAUUCGUCAUACUUCCAAGUGGGUUCGAAUAGAAAGUAAAAAAAUAGAAAGUAAAAAAUGUAAACACAGCCUAAUGUGAAAGAAUAUUAAAUAAUGAAAAAAUAUGUGCCAAAAUGUGGACUUUGCUUCAAUGAACUUUUCUCAUGUACUAGUUGUCAACUGUGGAAAAAGUCACAAGAUAUAGCAUAUGCAAGAUAUGGUUAAAACAUUUCAUCAAGAACUUGACUUUGGUAGCCAUGUUUAUGCUUAAAGGAAACCUUCCACAUUAAAAAUACAGUCCAGUCUGCAGGCAUCAUGUUAUAGAGCAGGAGGAGCUGAGCAGAUCAAUAUAUAGUGUUGUGAGAUAACUUUUCACAUAUUCAUAUAACUCACUGAUGAGUCAAGUGGCGGUGCUAAUCAGUGACUGACAACUCUCUCUACAUGCAAAAUUGUCAAUCACUGAGAAGUACCGCCCACUUAUCCACUUAGCUUAGAAUAAAUAGAGAUUUAGAUGUAUAAAUGACAAGUUAUCCUGGAACUUCUUCCACAAGACUAUACAUCAAUCUGCUCAGCUACUCCUGCUCUAUAACAUGACGUCUGUAGACUGGUAUAUUCCCAUUAAGUGGGGUACACCAAGACUGAAAUUUGUGGUAAACUUGGGGUCGGGUUGUAACUUGAAUUAUUUCCUGUUGUAGGAAAUCAUUAUGAUAUGUAACUUACAAUUUGGUCACCACAGGGCAUAAUAGAAAUUGUUUGAUAAUUGUAAAUAUACCUCAACUUUCAAUUGCCAUGUAGGCUAAAUCUUAAAGAGUACCUCUCAUUAACUUGAUGCAUUUUAUAAUCCUCCCAGUUCACUGCGUCAUCAAGGAUAGGGAAUAAGACGUCUGAUGGAGGGGGUCCCACCGCUGGGGCAAUCUCUCAUGCAGACACCCACCUGGGGACAGGGAGUGACGUCACAAGGGGGUGGAGUUAUGAUGUCACGAAAGUUGUGACCCUUCAGACACGGAGCAAACAUCCCUCUGUGCAGCUACCACAGAGCGGUGUCUGCAUGAGAGAUUGCGGGGGUCCUCAGCAGCGGGACCCCCGUAAUCAGACAUCUUAUCCCCUAUCCUUUGGAUAGGGGAUAAGAUGUCUUAGGGUCGGAGUACCCCUUUAAGUGUAAGUGAAGCUAUGAUUGGACAAGGCUGCACCCCCCACCCCCCCCCUCAGCACUCCAGACUGCAUUUCCUGUGUUUGGACUUCUGCCAGGCCAGCAGGAGUUCAAAGUCUGUGCAAAAGAUGGGGGGAAAUGUGCUCUGGACAAGUAGGGAGACACCUAGUGGCAGCUUUUUUAAACACAAAUAAAACAUUUCAUUUUUUUUAAACAAAGUAUAUUAGAAAGAUUUUGUAUUUACCAUAAGGAGUGCAAUAGCGAAAAAUAGUUUUAAUGAGAGUGCCCAUUUAAAGAGGUAUUUCCAUCUGAGACAUUUAUGGCAUACUCGUAGGAUAUGGGAUCUGCAUCUCAAGUUCGCCUCUGGCCUGGUUUAGGUGGCUAGUGGGUGGGAAACAAAAAAAAUAUAUAACUAAACCAACUGUUUUACAUAGUUUGAGUAAACUAUAUAAAGGAUAUUGCUAACUAAUGCUAUGGACAUGCUCUGAAUGUCCUAGAUGGGAAUAACCUGUAAUGGCCCAGUCACCUGACUAGAUGGUCAUACUAGCCUACCAUUAAUGGGGUUGUCCGAGAGCAGAAAAAGUCUUACCUGUUCUGAUCUCUGUCGCUCUCCAUUGCAGUCAUGGAUGUAUACUGUUUUGAGAUGGAAGAGGGCAGAUUCUUGUCCUGAUCAUCUCACGUAGGUGAAGUGUAUGAUGCCGCCACAGUUUUCCCCUCACCCGGUGAUCGGGGCAAGCACUCGUCCCCUCCCAUCUCGGAACAGUAUACUUUUGAGAAAACCAAGGAGUGAAAGUUUAUUGCUGGGAGCAGAGCAGGAAGAAGCCUAUUCUGUGCCCCAGACAAUACCUUUGGGGUAAAAUGGAAAGAAAAAACUCAUAAUGAACACAUUUAUAGUCUUUGUGACUCCUCCUUUGGCAAUGUCAUAUCAGUGUAAAUCAAAAAAUACUGUAAUGACAAAACAAGGUAACACAUUCCAUGUACUAAAAAUCAUAGCAAAAAAAUAUUAGGGGGAGAGCACACCUAUAAAAAAUGUAAUACUCCGGAAUUACCACUGGGAGAUACCCGGUUGUCACAAUCUGGGAUCCAGCAGAACUGCAGCUGACACCUGUGGGUUGCACACAAUCUAGAUAUAAGAUCAACAAGUACAAUAACAAAAGAACGAUAGCACGCACUCACCACUGGAAAUGUGUCUAAAGGUCCAAAGGUCCGGGGUCAUGGAACCACAUACCGGGAUGUGCCGAAGCGCUCAGAGCUUCGUACAUUCCAUAUACUCCUAUCUUAGAGACACUUAGGUGUUCUUUAUAAGCAAGGCUCUAAUAAUACUUCUCCAGUAAUAACACAUUUCCUAUUAGAGUUGAGCGACAUGUAGGAAAAAAAAAAAAAAAAAAUACUCAUAAUAACUUAGGGAUGAGUCAAAAGCCCGGAAGUGUCCAAAUGCCUGUGGACUGAUCUCACGAUUACCAUUACUUGUAAAUAUGGCUUAUGUCAUCUCUGGUUUGUCUCAUGAAGGCAAUUACCAUCUAUUUCCCACAUAAGGCAUGUGAACUUCACAGGACUUAGGACUCCACUCUAUGAGCAAGAACGGCAACCUAUUCUGUAAAAGUGGCUCCCAAUCAAGCUGACUUGGUUUGUCCAUGCAUUUACAUUUAUAGCCAUUGCUAGGAAAUCCCCUUUAAAGAAUACCUGCCAUCAAACCAUAUUUUCUAAAGUAUUAUAUUUACUAACUACUCUUAACACCCCCCCCCCCCCAAAAAAAAUGUACGUGCUUAAUAAAAAGCUCUGUAUCAUACCUUUCCCCUUGGUCACAUUGUGUGAGCUCCCAGCAGGAGAAAGUGGAUGUUCCCCAGCAGGGGCGACAUCACUGAAGCCUGCAAGAGUUGAGACUCGCCAAGCCCGGCACACACUGCCUGAGUGUGGACUUCUGCAAGUCCGGGUGGAGAACAAAUUAACUGUUUGGGAACAGAACGGAGCCACCUAGUGGCUGUUUUUUUCAAUCACAUUAAAAACAUAUAAAGGUUGAGAAUUUUAACAGCAAGUAAAUAGCAAAGUGUCUUAUAAUUACAUAAGGAACAAUAUACUUUAGUUUGGUGACAGGUACUCUUUAACAGCCACCAGCCUACAUAUAUAUCUUCACUAUCUGAAAUAUUGAUUAGGGUUCCCAACAUGAAUCACCCUGUAUGUUUAAAAACAGGUUUUAAAGGGGUACUCCAUUGGCCAGCGUUCGGAAGUAAAUGUUCGGAAUGCUGUUUUCGCGAUGUGGGGGUUGGCCACGCUCCUCAUGGUGUCAUGGUCACGCCCCCCUCAAUGCAAGUCAAUGGGAAGGCGUGUGAUGGCUUUCCCAUUCCAGCGAGAAAGCAGCGUUCGGAACAUUUACUUCCGAAUGCUUACCAGUGAAGUACCCCUUUAAACAAAACCCAAAUCUAAAAAGACUACUUUAGUGGUGCAAUAUUCACACAGUCUGUAAAGCUCUGACUUACUGCACUGGUUGUGAUGGCCUACUUCCAUGAUCACAUAUAUAAACUAGAUUGCAGAGGUGAGUCGACUAUAAUGGUCUCACAUUGCCGCAGAGUUUUAUGAAGCUUUUUGUUUUGUCUUUUUGUUCUACGUUUGUUGCAUAAAUUUUUGCUAAUGUUUUUGCGCAAAUCUUUUUACUAAAAUGACUUUAGUACACACUUUUGGUUUUUUCACUGAUUUAUGAAGGGCAAAAAAAAAAAAAAAAAUAGUUGCAAGUUUGUCGCAAAGCCCACAGAUACACCACAAGCAUACACCAGCUCCAGAGUAGGAGAGGUUUACUAUGGGUAUUUGCUCCUACUCUGGACAGUUCCUGAAACAGAAAGAGGUGGCAGCAGAGAGCACUGUGGUCAGACUGGAAAGAACUCUGAAGCAUACAGCAGCUGAUAAGUACUGGAAGGAUUAAGAUUUUUAAAUAGAAGUAAUUUACAAAUAUGUAUAACUUUAUGGCAACAGUUGAUUGGAAAUCAUUUGUUUUCCACCGAGUACCCCUUUACGGAGAACCUGUCAUCACUUUCAAGUUGCCCGAAUCACUCCUCGCCUCACCUGUCUUGAUUGAUAGAUGUCUCCUUGUUUAGGUAUAAGGAGAGACCUAUCAAUUAAAGCUAAUAGGGCGAGGAGAAAUCACUGUAAACCACAUGUAUGACUUGUGGUUAGUUAUCUUCUCCAACAUGUACUGAAGGAUUCUGCCAAAACAAGACUGACGGUUAUCAGGUAAUAAUUUAUCUAAAUAAGUACAAUGUGAGUCCAUUAUAGUUGACUCAUCUCUGACUGUAAUAAACCAAGGUGCGUUUUAUGUUUUCUUCUAUUUUGUUUUAGACUUUGGGAUCUCUGUGUUUUUCCCUGUGCUCCCUCCAAGCAAAUUGCGCUCUUGAAAUGGAAGAGUUAAUAAUUAACGUCCAUGGAAAAUCCAUGCGAGUAGCGUGCUUCUGGGAAUGGCUCCAGCUCAGAGCACAGUUUUGCAUUUUUCAUGGACGGUCUUGCUUUGAACAUUUUCCAUGUGAGCGCACAGCUCUGAGGAAGCUUUUCUCAUGUACCCCUGCCAUGUAGUAUUGUUAGCGGGAUAACAAAACCUCGCUCAGUGAAGAUGCCCAGAUCACUGCCAUCCUACAGGAGAUCCAUUCUGCCAAUGUAUUUUUGUAUUGUACCGGUGAAUGAGUGCCAUGUUUUUGUCUAUGAGUGUCAACUGCACAAUAAAAUCUCAACAACA